AAGAUCUAAUCGAGCCCUAAUCUACACUUUUCAUAACCAAAAUAGCCUCUUCGCAGCCACAGAUUCGCCCUAAUCUUUUUUCUUCUUUUUGAGUCUCUCGAUAUCUCCUCCGUCGAAACCAUGAGCAGAUUCGGCGUGCAUAGCACACACGUUUACUGGGACGUGGACCAAUGGAAACCCGAUGAACAUAAAGAUCCUCGUUUGGUUUAUUCUAAUGUCAAAUCAGCUCUUCAGUUUGAGGGUUUUUGUCCUGGCCCGAUGUCAAUCCGCGCUUAUGGUGACAAGGCAAAAACCUUCUCCGACGAUCUGACUACUGAAUAUUUUGAUGCCGGAAUCGACGUUGAAAACAACGGGGAUCAAUAUGACAGAGUUCAUGAGAUGUUGAUUGACAUGGUUUACUGGGCCUGGAACAACAGUAGAGGAAAUUUGGUUGUAAUCUCCAAAAUCUAACAAGACACGGAGAUGCUCUAUGUUCUUAAAGCUUUGGCAGAGAGAGGUCACUACGUUAUGUUAGCAAGUCCAGGGCCUGGUUUUCAUUCACCAACUACCAACGAGAUUGAAAAAUGGGUUUGGUAUUGUCCAAACCUUUUCAAUGGAGAGAAAAGCGACUUUGCGAAAGAGCAAGAGGCUAUAAUAGAGAGUGUCUUCCCAUCAGGAAAGCAAGAUGAAGAGGAAUGCUGUAUCGAUUAUUAGACUUCUUUGAAUUUUCGGAUAGUCUUCGUAUUAUUGAUCCGAUUGCAGUUUAGUAUUAUUCUUCUUAGAUAUAUAGCCCAAGUUGUUUCUACCACUUCAAAUUUCAAAAAAAAACAUUUCCUA